UGUCGAAAACAGGGAAGAUAUUCUUUCUCUUUUUCAAGUUAUUGAAUUCGUUCGUGUUCUUAGCUAUAUAAUUCCAAAAUGGAUAUAUCUCAAGAGGCAAUUCUGACAAUGUUAAUAGAAGAGGGGGGUAAAAUAAAGAACUCCGAAUUACUGUGUAAGUUUAAAGAUCAGUUAAACUGCAGUGAUCCAGGUGAGAAGAAGCGAAACCGGGACCUUUUCAAGACGUUCAUAAACAACAUUGCUGUGGUGAAAGAAGAUGAAGAUACGAAGUAUAUCGUUUUAAAGAAAUAUUAUCACCAUUUAUUGAAAGAAAAGUUUGAUGGCAAUGCUCCUAAGGACGAGAGUGAGAAAGUUCGUCUGGAGAAUGUGGAACUCCACCCAGCAAGCGAAGAAAACGAGCACAGCACGCAGUUUAAAGGUGGAAAACAAAAGGCACCCGAGUCUGAGGAUCCACCUCACCAAAAUAUCAACAAAAAGUCUUUAGACAGCAGUCCAACACAUUCUCUCAUAGAGCAUGCUUUAGAAAGAACCAUGUCUAAAGACUUCAAAGCAAAAAGAUCUUUGCAAUUUGUGGUUCCGCUCAAGACAGAUGUGGAUGACACCCAGAAGCAUGGGCCUUUAUAUUCUGCCAAGACAGAGACAAGUGCACACAAACCUUAUGCAUUACCAUUGAGAAUGCCUCAAGUGCUGAUCACCCCUCCUGCUCAUGAAGAAAAUACAUCCAAGGACCAUCUGGAACCAGUGAAGUCUAUGCUAUGGCCUCCCAGUUCACCAAGAUGUAAGAGGAGUUCAUCUAUAGACAGUAUGGCAGGCAACAACUCACCACAACUGAGGAGACACUGCAAAGGCACAAAAGCAGCAGAUGAACCCAGAUACAGUGAUGUGUUCCCACUAGAAGCCGCAGAACAUCAGUGGCUGGUGACAUCCGCCGCAGGCCACUGGAGUCUGGUCUACGGCCUGCUGCUGAGUGACAUCAACAUUGCAGAGAAAAGGGAUUUCAUAUCAGGCUUUACAGCCCUGCACUGGGCCGCCAAAAGCGGCAACAGAGACAUGCUGUGUAAGAUCAUCGACCUGUCCAGGCAGAACGGCAAGGGUGUGGACAUCAACGCCAAGUCCUACGCUGGUUACACGCCCCUGCACAUCGCUGCCAUCCACGACAGAGAGGAUGUGAUCGAGCUUUUGGUGAGCCGCUAUGGAGCUGACCGUAACAUCCGGGACAACGGCGGGAAAAAGGCACAUCACUACCUACACAAAAGUGCAUCUGCACAGUUGCAAGAGCUGCUCGGGUUGUGUAGGGUGGAGAUCCCAGAGCCGCAGAAGAGCACAGAGGAUUACGACGCUCACAAGCAUGUGCACACCAUCAGCCGGCUCUUUCAGCCUGUUCCGGGCGUCAGCAAGAAGAAGGCGAAGCUGAGAGGCUCCUUCCUGUCCCUGGCUGAGGAGCCGAGGGUUGUGCAUACGUUGCCUACGCACAGGGUUCGGUCAGACGUGUUUUCCUAA